AUGUGCAUAAACCCCUUUUUAAAUGCCGAUCAAGAUAUUUUAAACCCGAAUAUAGAUGGAUCCGAAAGUCUGCUUUGCUACCAGUGCAACUCUACAUCAAGUGAAAUAACCCCGUUAUGCGAUGUUGAUUUCUUUAAGUUAACGAAUCCUCUGGAAAAACUGUCAAUGAUGUUUCACUGUCCGCCUCAUAUUGGAAGUUACUGUUUUACCACCUACAGUUGUUCUAAAGAAGAAUGUGUAACUAUCAGAGGAUGUUCGAAUGAUGUCGAUAGAGAAAGCAACAGUUUAAAAUCGGGAUGUAUAGUGUUUGAAACUGACGAUGAUGUUAAUAAAACGUGUUUUUGUAAGAAUAAUUUAUGUAACCGACUACCAGAGGAAAAGUCCAGAAUUUUGGUGUAUUAUCCGGAAUGUGCCAAAGAAGAUGAAGAACAUGAAGAAGAGGAAAAAGACGAAGAAUACGAAGAAAAGGAUGAAGAGGAAGAAGACGAAGAAGAGAAAGAAGAUGAAGAACGAGAUAAAGAACGAGAUGAAAAACGAGAUGAAGAACGAGAUGAAGAAUGA